AUGGAGAGGUCCCUCUUAACACGUUUCGUCAUGAUAGCCGUCGUUAAACCGUGUGCUCUCGCGCCAGACCUUCAAGGUCAACCGUGCUCGGGCCCCGGGGCCGGUGCUUUAUGGGGCAAAACCGUGUUUCAUCCUUGGAUUCAAGUCAUUUGCAUCUUGUUGAUUUCACAAGAUGGCUUUGGCGAUGAAGCUUCACGGGAAAAGUCCGAAGUUCACAAACCCGACCUUGUGUUUGGUCUUUUCCGACAUGGCGAUCGAGCGCCCCUUAUGACAUAUCCUACUGACACGAAUCGAAACAGCAGUCUCUGGGAGCUUGGAUUUGGGGAACUUACACAACGGGGUAUAAAAACUAUGCUAGCACUUGGGAAAUAUCUAAAGAAGCGAUACAGUGAGCUCCUGAAUGGUGACCCCAAGGCAACAUACGUUCGAAGUAGCCCCAAGCCACGCUGCUUCAACAGUGCUGCCUUUGUGCUUUAUGAGCUUUACCCGGCCAAAGCGCCUCGGAAAUUCGACAACAAAAAAUGGUUUCCAUUUCCAAUAACCAGAGUCGUCGAGGGUCACGAUAAGUACACGUUGUUGUGCCUGACGGAAAUACAAAAGUUGGCGACAAAGGUGCUGAACACUACUGGCCAGUCUACCGGCAUGUCACAGUUCCUGAUAGAAGCGGCACAGCAACUGGGUCUUGACCUGAAGGCUCACGUAGCUGCAAUUCCAGAUGCCCUGGACGCCGUCCUCGUCCAGAAAGAGAAUGGUUUACAGGUGCCAGCGUGGUUUGAGAACAGGAUCAGCACCCUUUCUUACAUAUCUCGAGGACUCUACGUGCUUAUGGCUCAAGCUUUCAUCAAAAACAUGGGAGGACAAUUCCUAAGGGAUAUUGCCUCGUUUCUUGAGGAAAAGUACAUCCAUUCAUCCGAAAACCUCAAGAAAGAUCAUCUCACUCCAGGCCAAGACAAGUCAAGGUGGAACGCCAAACUCCACUUACUUUCGUACCACGACCUGAACAUCAUCGCUGCGCUGAUGGCUCUCGACUCUACGUUUUCUGAAAAGCCAUAUUAUGGCUCAUUAGUGACGUUCGAGGUGCGGAAAGUCGCAGAAGAAGCUGAUAUCACAGUUUAUUAUAGAAAUGGUACCCAGGAAAUCAAGAUGUUUAAUCUGCCAGGUUGUUCUUAUCCUUGCAAGGUGAAAGAUUUUAUUACCCUUGUGAGACAAAGGUUUCCAAUUGAUUUUACACCGGAGGUGUGCGGAUAUCCAAAAGGAUAUGUGGUACUGUAG